AAAUCAAUCUUGUUCUCUUCCACCAACGUCGCCUGUAGUGAUAUCUCACCCUCUUCUUUUGAACUACCCAUGGCCAGUGCUCACUUUCAACGGAAACCUUCUCAAGAAUGGCGCGAAACUGAAUAUCAAGGCACUGUUUUUCGGAUAUACUAUCCUACAAUUCCAAAUUGAGCCUGCUCUGGGCAGAGAACGAACAGCAUCCGUGCCGCGCGAACUCGGUUAAAAUACCUUUCGUGACGACGCAAGCGGUUAACAUAUAACGUGUUGCCACCAGGACAGCCAAGUCGAGGGACAUCUACUACUAGAACGACCUGAAGGCAUCUACACCAUAUUGGGAGAUUGCAGGGAUGGUGCUUAUGACGGUGUGGCGAUUGUGAUUGUACGCUUGAGGUGUUGUGGGAUACUAACACUCCCCAUUCAUUUGCAUACUCGGCGCCAGCGCUCUUCCCACGAGAAUCUUCGAAGCCGCUGCAACGUUGAUACAGCAUCGAUCAAACCUUAUAAGAUGUUUGCGACGUUGUCCUCCACUCCUUUUCGCAAUCACCUACCAACGACUCUGAGCAACUGAAUGCAAUGCCGUCGGAUCCAUGGUUGUCUCUUGGCAAGAAUGUAGCCUCGAUUGCCGCAGACUUCGCACCAGUUCCAGGCCUGAGCAUGGGCGUUGAUGCAUUAUGCUCGUUGAUCACUUUGUGUGAAGAGGUUUCUGCAAGUCGGAACGCAACUCGUGAACUCUGUGAUCGAUGUCAUAGCUUGUUACUUGCAGUCGAGAAAUACCAACCUCCUCCUCCAAAUACGUUACAAGCCGCGUUCGAUGACGUUACCAAGUGCAUAACGGAUGUCAAAAAUCGAGUGGCAAAGUGGGCUCGCCUCUCGUGGGCACGCUCGUUGGUCAAGCUGAAGGAAAUUCAAGGCGAUUUAGAGAAGAGUCAGGCGGAAAUAACGGACUGUUUUCUUCGAUUUCAGUUGGCAUCCCAUGCAGACACAAGUCGGUGGCAAGCUGAGUUUGCUGUCGUAGCUCGAUCAGACCACGAAGAGAUCAUCGCUUAUCUCGCCGAUAUUCGUAAUGCUCAGGAUAUAGUGCACGGGAUGAUGAGUGGCUAUGGGGAAGAAAUACUUUCUUACCAUGAGAAGACGAUCAGUGAGCUGAAGGAGCUGAAGGGGAUAAUGGCUUUUAUGCAGGAGAACAUGAGCGGGGUACAAAACUCAUCGGAAAAGCAAUUCGUCGGAUUAUCGCAAAACCUUCAUGACUUGCAAGUCACGGCGAAGACUCUGCUGCCGAAUCCACAUCUCGUUUCUGGAGAAAUUACGGAUAUCGAAGAACGAGCGGUGACUGGUACAACGUCGAUGGAUAUCUUUCGUGGGCGGUACCUACACAAGGAGAGAGUUGCUAUUAAGGUCUUGCGCUCGGUGAGCGUUGAUGAACAUACUACGAGGCGCUUUGGGAGAGAAGUGGAAAUUUGGAAGCUUAUAUUUGAGAUUGACCACGGCAAGUACAUUCUCCCAUUCUAUGGCUUUGGUCAGGGAGGGGAUUUGCGUCCGUACAUGGUCAGUCCGUGGCAAGAGAAUGGAAAUGCGUUGUCGUAUGUCAAAAAGAACGACGCAACGGUCAACUACAAGCAAAUGAUCAUAGACAUUGCGCGAGGACUGAGGGUAUUGCAUGUCCUGAUGACUCCUCCGGUUGUCCAUGGUGAUGUCAGAGCCGAAAACAUCUUUGUCAACUCACAGGGUAAUCCCCUUAUCGGCGAUUUUGGACUAUCCAAGAUGGUGGAGGAUAUGACGAAUACGCCUUUCACGCAGAGUAAUGGCGUAGCUAAUCUCUACAGGUGGUUUGCACCUGAGGUAUAUAUCGGGGAGGGAUCGGUAUCACUUGCUUGCGAUAUCUAUUCGUUUGGGAUGACCGUACUUGAGCUUCUCACUCACCAGCACCCAUACCCCAAAAUAAAGCACCCGCCUGAGGUUGUGUUGAAUGUUGCCAACGGACGGACUCCUCCCAGACCCGGGGAGAGCCGGGUCGUUGAAAGGGGGUUGAAUGAUGAGAUGUGGGGGUUACUAGUUCAGUGUUGGAACCGUACGCCCUCUGCGAGGCCUUCCAUUGAGGAGGUUCUAGAGAAGUUGGAGUCAUUGUGAUUCACUGGGGUUAGGCUACUAGACGUGAAAUCUUCAAAGCUCUACGCGAUGAAUUUAUUUUGGUUUAGUAUAGAUGUAUCCUGUAAUAAUAAUUAAAAGGAAAAAAACCCAUCGAUAUGUGCAAUCUCAAUA